GGCAUUUAGAAUUUGCAUUCUCGAGUAUUUUUGAUUACAUUUAUAUACAAAAAUAUCAACAAAUUUUGAGUGUUCGUUCAUUUCGAAUUGGUGCUUGGUGAAUUGAACAUGUUUUGUAUUUUCGUGUAUUGAAGAAGUUGAUCUGUCGGGCUGAAUCGAAAAAGGAAUUAUGACUUUAACCAACAUGGAUUCGUUGCCAGACGAAGUUUUGGAGUUCAUUUUAUCCCUUUUGCCCCCUUACAAGGACCUCCACGAUUGCAUGUCGGUGAACAAGCGGUGGAGGCGGUGCGUUUUAAACGUGGCCAAACAAAAACAACGGAAUUUAUACCGAGCGAUCAACGAGUUCGACGUGAGAUGGGAGCGCAUCAGCCCCAUAGAAAUGGCCCCGACGAUAUCGAAGCGCUACUCGCACGCCGCCGUCGUCUACGACAAUUCCAUGUUCGUCUUCGGCGGCUGCACCUGCGCCAUGACCACCUUCAACGAUCUCUGGCGCCUCGAUUUGUCCAAACGACAGUGGAUUCGCCCGCUCGCCAUGGGCACCUACCCCUCACCCAAAGCCUGCAGCUCGAUGGUGCGGUUCAAUCACACUCUAGUGCUGUUCGGGGGCUGGACGUACCCGCCCUCGUAUCCGCUCUACCAGAGCUGGCAUCUGUUCAACGAGCUGCACGUGUACGAUAUCAUUUCGAACAGAUGGACUUUGAUACCGACUGAGAAUACUCCUCCACCGGUUGCGGGGCAUUCGGUGUCGGUUGUAAACGAUGAUAUGAUUAUAUUCGGGGGGUUGCAGAAGCCCUGCAACGCGGUGCAUUGCGAGAAGAGCAGCGAUAUUUGGAGGUUGAAUCUGAACACGUGGACGUGGCACAAGCAAGAGGUCGAAAAUGGGCCGAAACCUGUGGGUAGGUUCGGGCAAACCCAGGUGGUGAUAGAUUCGAAGAAUUUGCUCAUUUUGGGCGGUUCGGGCGAGCCGAACUAUCACUAUUGCGACGCGUGGAUACUAAACAUGGAAGGCGAGUUGUGGACUUGGAAGAAAGUGGAAAUACUGGAUAAAAAUAACGAACCUUUGAACAUUUGGAGCAGUCCCGGAUGCAAAAUCGACGAUAAAAUAGUGGUAUUGAAUAGGAUAAAAGAAACCAAAAAGUACCCGAUAGCCUCGUAUUAUCCGAAAACGACGUGGAAUUUAGAAAGCGCCCGAACGGCCCCCGAAGACAGCCGAUUAUCGCGAAUAGAUCUGGCCAAUCGACCGACUGAUAAAGACGAAAACGUCAACGGCAAACGAGGCACUUUGAGGAACCCGAGAAGAGACAUCGACGAAGAAUCGGUCGUAACGAACAACGUAAAAGUACACACCCUUCCCGGUUCCUCGACGUUAAAUAUGGCGGCGUUCAACGGACCGGCCGAGAGGAAGAUCGAAACGACGGAGAGGAUUCGCGAAAAACGUUUGGCGAAUCUGUUGAAAGUCGAAGAGAACCUGACGAAGGGGGCGUACAAGCGGGAGAAGAAGACUCACUAUUUAGGCGUGUACGUGUUGGAUAUAUCGAGGGUGCUGGAAGAUCCGCCGGUGGCCGUUUGGUUGCAGCCGAAGAACUUGAAAAACGGUCCCGAAGAGACUAUUCUCUAUACGUUGGUGAAAGGGAAAUCGGAGCUCGUCAUGUUCGGCGGGAUACAAAAGGACGCGCAUUUGAUAGGACUGUCGAAGAAUUUGAGUAGUCAAAUUUCUAAUAGUUUGCAUUUUAUAACGGCGCCGAGUUAUGUCAUUUAGAUAUUUGAAAUUUUUAUGGUUUUAAAUUAGGAUAAACGAUUCGAGGUGGUGAAAUUUGGAAAAUUAUAAUAAGUUUGAUACGAAACUGUUGUUGCAUUUCAUUAUUGUCUCAAAGUAUACGAUGAUGUUUUACGGAACCAUAUUCGAGCAAGUAGAAUUAUAAUUGUACGAUUUGUUUUUAAAUGUUGCCAUUUGUUCAAUUCAUAAAUUUAUACGAACGUCUCACGUAUUUUGUUUUGCUAUCCCAAACCCGUAAAUGUAUACUGUAGAUCUCCG